AUGAAAUCUCCCGAUUCUCUGGAACCAGAGGACAGCUCCAACCAGCGCGGCAAAGAGGAGGGGGAGAACGAGGAGCAAAAUGACGCCAAGGGUCCGUCCCUGGCCAACUACGGACGGAUUCUAUCCUACGGCGCACGGAAUGGCGGCGCCGUGGCCAUGAUUGUUGGCUUGGGCUGUGCAAUGGGAUCUGGAGUGGCCUUACCGUUGAUGAACAUCAUCUUUGGCCGAUUGGUCGGAGACUUCAAUGAAUACUUCAUGCCCGGAGUGCAGAUAGACGAGAAGGCCUUCAAGUCGACCGUCAACAAGAACAGUCUCUACAUCUUUUGCCUUUUCAUCGCCAAAUUUGUCCUGACAUAUAUAUCUAUGAUUUGCUUCCGACUCAUCAGCCUCCAGGCCUCUGCCACCCUGCGCCUGGAGUAUACGGUCUCGCUAUUCUCCCAGCCUCUGAGUCGCCUCGAUGAGAUCUCCUCGGGCACAGUCACCCAUGCAAUCACGUCUCUCUCCAACCAGAUCCAGCAGAGCGUGUCAGAUCGACUGGCGACAUUGUUCCAGGCCCUGGCCCUCCUCAUUGCCGCGUAUGCCAUCGCCUUCCGCUACUCCUGGGCCCUUACUCUGGUAACUAGCUCGGCCAUACUCUUCGUCGUGAUUGGGUUCAGUUUAACCGUUCCUUUCCUCAUCAAGACCCAGGCGCAGGUGGACGAGGCAGAGGCCAGAAAUGCCUCGAUCGCAGCCGACGUGAUGAGCUCCAUUCGGACAGUGUUCUCUCUCACGGCCGAGGCUCCCUUGUCUGAAAAAUAUUCCAAGUGGAUCGUGGAGGCACGACGACGGGGAUCUCGCCUGACUCCGGUCCUUGGAAUCCAUCUCGCCUUGCUCAUGCUCGCCUUGUACGCUAGCUAUUCCCUGGCGUUUUGGUUUGGCCUGAAAUUGUACCGUGAGCACCAUAUCGACAGCAUCAAUACCGUCAUUACUGUCUUCUUCUCCGUUUUGAUCGUGACCUCCAUCAUAGGAAACAUCGCAAACCCACUCAUGGCAAUUGGGAAGGCUACUAGUGCCUCGGGUCCUUUCUUUGAAAUGAUCAACGCGAAGCAGCCUGCACCCAAUGGCCUGCGCGCUCCCGACGUCUCCAGCAACGCCGAUAUCACCUUCCAGGAUGUGGCCUUUGCUUAUCCAUCACGGCCAGGAGUCACAGUGUUGAAGGGAUUUUCUGCCCGGUUCGAGCGAGGCAAAACAACGGCUCUCGUGGGCCCUUCAGGUUCGGGGAAAAGUACGGUGGUCGGCCUGAUUGAGAGGUGGUAUCAGCUGCAGACAGAAGCAGUUGAUGAGACACAGAAGAACGCUGGUGUGAUCCAAGUUGAUGGCCACAAUGUGAACGAGCUCGAUGUCCGGUGGUGGAGAUCCCAGAUUGGACUGGUGCAGCAGGAGCCGUUCCUUUUCAACGAUACCGUGCACAACAAUGUGGCCUUUGGACUGAUUGGGUCCCAGUGGGAAGAUGCAGAAGAGGCUGUGAAGACAGAAAUGGUCACUCGAGCUUGUACCGAAGCGUUUGCGGAUGAGUUUAUCCAACGACUUCCCUUGAAGGGAUAUGGAACGUUAGUCGGCGAAGGAGGAAUCACCUUGAGCGGAGGACAGCGCCAGCGUCUCGCCAUUGCUCGCAGUAUUGUGCGUCAGCCUCCAGUCCUGAUCCUCGACGAAGCUACCAGCUCAAUUGACGUCCGCGGCGAACAAAUCGUCCAGGCCGCUCUGGACCGUGUUUCAAAGGACAGGACCACCAUCAUGAUUGCCCACCGGCUCUCAACGGUGAGACGUGCAGAUCGCAUUAUUGUCAUGAAAGAAGGGGCGAAUAUCGAGGAAGGCACUCAUGACGAGCUGCUAGCCAGUGACGGUAUUUAUAGCAGUCUAGUUCAUGCGCAGCAACUGCGGAAUCUGGCCCUUGAUCCUCCAGAGGAAGGAGACAUACGCGCGAUAGAGAAAACCGAAAUCGAACAGGUGCAUUCUGUCGGGGCAGUUGGACAAGAUGACAGCAGCGAACCAACUUCCAAAAAAGACGAGAAAAUGAGAGGACCUAAAAAUUUUCUCAAAAUUGGACGCGAGCAACGAGAGUCUUGGCCAUUGGGUGUUAUAACUAUCCUAUCGGCCAUGGCAGCUGGAUCUGGAUUCGCGCUGCAAAGCUGGCUCUUUGCCAAGCUGGUGGAGGUUUUUCAGCUAAAAGACCAGAAACUGGUUGACGCAGCGAACUUUUGGUCAUUGAUGUUUUUCAUCCUUGCUCUGGCAAUGGCGUUGUUUUACUUCCUUCUCGCAGUGGGAUCCAACUCUAUCUCCAUCAAUAUUGCCUCUACAUAUCGCACGGAGUACUUUGUCAACAUGUUAACCAAGCCUGUGGCAUGGUUUGACCGGGACGAAAAUGCCUCGGGCUCCUUGAUAUCACGCCUCUCCACGGAUCCCAAACAGCUCCAGGAACUGUUUGGCAUAAACGGCAUCUUUCCACUGGUCUCGAUCUUUAACGUUAUCGGAUGCAUCGCGGUCUCCUUUGCCUUUGGUCCCAAGUUGGCAGCGGUGGCAUUUUUCGCCGCUCUUCCGUUUCUGUUCCUGGCUGCUUACUCUCGCAUUCGAUAUGAGAUCAAAUUUGAGGAGCUCAACGCCGCCGUGUAUGAGGAUAGCUCCCGGUUUGCCACCGAGGCAAUCCGCGCCUUCCGGACGGUGAGUGCUCUCACCAUGGAGGAAUCCAUAAUCCGGCGAUAUUCGGACAUGCUACAGUUACAGCGGCGCAAGGCAAUGCGGAAGGCAAGCUACUCGACUCUAGUCUUUGCAUUUUCCGAUAGUGUAGAAUUAGCUGUUAUGGCCCUGACAUUCUGGUACGGCGGCCAAUUACUCGCUACUCGUGAAUACGACGUCGUGACCUUCUUUGUCGUCUACAUUGCCAUUAUCCAGGGAGGUCAGACAGCCGGCCAAUUCUUUAGCUAUGGCCCGAAUAUUGCCCAGGCCACCUCGUCAGCAAACCGUAUUCUAGGCUCUCGACCCUCUUUGUUCAACAACCAGCCAUCCACGCAGCCCUUACUAUCCGACAAAGACGAAUUUCGCGCCGACAUUAAAUUUAGCAACGUGAUGUUUCAGUACCCUUCGCGAGAGACCCCGACGUUCGUCGAUCUCAACCUGAGUAUUGAGACGGGGCAAUUUGUGGCCUUCGUUGGGCCGUCUGGCUGUGGCAAAUCCACUAUGAUCUCGUUGCUGGAGCGCUUCUACGACGCGACCCAAGGGACUAUUGAAUUUGGCGGACGCGAUAUUCGUUUGAUCGAGCUCUCCUCUUACAGAAAGGCCUUAUCCCUCGUCAGUCAGGAGCCCAAACUGUUCGAUGGUUCCAUUCGUGAUAAUCUGCUCCUCGGCCUUAACAUCCCGGAUAAUGAAUCGGCCGAGGAGGAUAUGAUCCGGGCAUGUCGGGAUGCCGAGAUCCACGACUUUAUCUCCUCACUGCCUGACGGGUACUCCACGGAACUCGGGGUCAAUGCCCAAACGGCCCUCAGCGGUGGACAAAAGCAGCGACUGUGUAUUGCUCGGGCCCUUAUGCGGAAACCUCUGCUGCUUCUCCUGGAUGAGGCGACCUCCAGCCUCGACUCGCAGUCGGAGCGACUGGUACAAGAGGCCAUGGAGCGGUUGGCCGGGAAACGAAAUAUGACGAUUAUUGCCGUCGCUCAUCGACUGGCUACUAUUCAGAAGGCGGAUAUUAUCUUUGUGUUUGGAGAGGAAGAGAAUGGGAAGGGCUCGAGAAUCGUGGAGAGAGGCACGCACGCCGAGUUGGUGCACCGGAAGGGAGCAUAUUGGCAGAUGUGUCAGGCACAGGCGCUAGACCAGUAG